CAAUUGAAUCGAAAGUGCUGAUGCUUCCUUCCGUUCACUUGCCAUGGAAAUGGCAGCCUCUGCUCGAACCGUUGACGAAAUUUUCAAAGAUUACUCGGCUCGAAGAACCGCCGUCCUUCGUGCUUUGAUUUUUGAUGUGGAUCAAUUUUAUGGACUCUGCGAUCCAGAAAAAGAAAAUUUAUGCCUUUAUGGACAUCCGAAUGAAAGCUGGGAAGUUACUCCGCCAGCAGAGGAAGUUCCACCCGAGCUGCCUGAGCCAGCGCUUGGCAUCAAUUUUGCUAGGGAUGGAAUGAACCGAAAAGACUGGUUGUCCUUGGUUGCAGUGCAUAGUGAUUCGUGGUUGAUUUCUGUGGCUUUCUAUCUUGCUGCUCGUCUUAACCGUAAUGAAAGGAAAAGCCUAUUUUGCAUGAUUAACGACCUGCCCACAGUUUCUGAGGAAGUAAGUGAAAGGAAGCCUGUUAAAGACAAACCAAGUAUUGAAAGUGGGAGCAAAUCUCAGGGCACCGCAAAGAGAUCAAACGAUGGACAAGCGAAGAGCAAUCCCAAGACCGCUGAUGGGGAUUAUGAGGAUGAUGGAGACGAGCACGGUGAAACACAAUGCGGCAGCUGCAGCGGAAACUACAGCGCGGAUGAGUUUUGGAUCGGGUGCGACGUUUGCGAGAGGUGGUUCCAUGGAAAAUGUGUUAAGAUAACACCUGCUAAAGCCGAAAACAUUGAGCGGUACAAAUGCCCGUCUUGCAGGUAGUGAUAGUGAGUGAAAAUAGUAAGAACAGGACAUGAUUAUAUAUAUAUAUGUAUCAUCAAAAUGUGUGUGAUAAUAGAUGCUUUUAACGAGAUGACUUCCUUGCUACUGAUAACAUUGUUUACUUAUUCAACUGAUGUAUUUGAAUUUGUGGAUAACAUUUUAAUAGGGAUGUGGUAGUAUUAAUAUACGGUUAAGAA